AUGUUACAUAUAAAAGUGUACAUAGAUUUAAUUGUUGGUUGGCGUCUAACAGCAUCUGUUCCGUAUUCAACUCCGUUCCGUCUAGAUUUUAAUAGCGGAAUUCCAAUCAAUGCCGAAUGGAUACAGAAUGGAACGAUUAUUACUGGAGAACAGGGGCGUGAUCGUACCAACAAUCAAGUCUACUGGCCUGAAGGCCUCUUCAUUGAUGAUGAUCAAACGAUCGUCAUCGCCGACUCAUUGAAUCAUCGCAUCGUCCAAUGGAAUGUAGGUGAUACGAAUGGAAAAGUAGUAGCCGGUGGUCAUGGUGAAGGAAAUCGAUUGUAUCAAUUGAAAUAUCCAACAGAUGUGUUGAUUGACAUAGAGACGAAUAGUCUCAUUAUUUGUGAUGAAGGGAAUCGACGAGUCGUACAAUGGUCUCGCCUUAGUGGCACAAUUCAAGGAGAAAUCCUCCUCAACAACAUUUGUUGCCGAGGAUUGGCCAUGGAUGAUCAAAGAUAUCUCUACAUUUCCGACAUCGAAAAACACGAAGUGAGACGAUAUCAAAUAGGAGAUAAAAAUGGAACUGUUGUAGCUGGUGGUCAUGGUAAAGGUACUGGCCUUAAUCAACUCAACGAACCCACCUAUGUUUUUGUCGAUCGAGAACAGGCUGUCUACGUAUCCGAAUGGAACAAUCAUCGUGUGAUGAAAUGGGAUAAAGAUGCUAAAGAAGGAAUUAUUGUUGCUGGAGGUCAAGGGAAGGGCAACUCUCUGGCACAAUUAUCGUGUCCUAACGGACUAUUCGUCGAUACAUUUGGUACCGUCUAUGUGGUAGACUCAUGGAAUCAUCGAGUGAUGCGUUGGCCUAAAGGAGCAAAACAGGGUACUGUCAUUAUGGGUGGAAAAGGCCAGUUGCAUCUUCCUAUUGGUUUGUCCUUCGAUCGGCACGGCAAUUUCUAUGUUGCCGAGAAAUGGAAUCAUCGCGUUCAACGAUUUUCUAUGAAAGGUGAGUUCAUUGCUAGAUGGGCGCAGAAUGGGGUGACUGUUGCAGGAGGCCACGGACACGGUAGUGCCACCUAUCAACUUUGCGGUCCUUGGGGCCUCUUCAUUAACGAUGAUCAAACGAUGGUCAUCGCCGACUCGCUGAAUCAUCGCAUCGUCCAAUGGAAUAUAGGUGAUACGAAUGGAAAAGUGGUAGCCGGCGGUCAUGGCGAAGGAAAUCGAUUGUAUCAAUUAAAAUAUCCAACUGACGUAUUGAUCGACGUAGAGACGAAUAGUCUCAUUAUUUGUGAUCGGCAGAAUCGACGAGUCGUACAAUGGUGUCGCUGUAGUGGCAUAAAUCAAGGAGAAAUUCUCUUUGACAAGAUCGAUUGUUUUGGAGUUACCAUGGACGAUCAAAGAUAUCUCUACAUUUCUGACAUCGAAAAACACGAAGUGAGACGAUAUCGAAUAGGAAAUAAAAAUGGAACCGUUGUAGCUGGUGGUCAUGGUAAAGGUACUGGUCUUAAUCAACUCAAUGAGCCGACCUAUGUCUUUGUCGAUCGAGAACAAGCUGUCUACGUGUCAGACAGAAAGAAUCAUCGUGUGAUGAAAUGGGAUAAAGGUUCAAAAGAAGGAGUUAUUGUCGCUGGAGGUCAAGAUACAGGAGAGCGCUUGACACAAUUGUCGUAUCCUUAUGGUCUAUUCGUUGAUACGUCGGAUAGCGUCUAUGUAGCAGAUUAUGGAAAUGAUCGUGUGAUGUGUUGGCCUAAAGGAGCUAAACAGGGCACUGUCAUCGUGGAUGGAAAUAGCCGAGGAGUAGGAACAAACCAGCUGUGCGGUCCCUGGGGUUUGUUCUUCGAUCGACAUAACAAUCUAUAUGUCUCUGAUAAUUGGAAUCAUCGGGUUCAACGAUUUUCUAAGGAAUUAACUUCCUUAUUGUGA